AUUUUUUCUUCUUUUUUUUUUAAAAAAAAAGCUAUCUCGCUAUGGACUCUCGAUCACAAAGAAGCGAUCGUUUAAAACAGCUAAGAGAAGCUAGACUUGGCAAAAACAAGUCCAGAGCACCAAAAGAGGAAGUACAAGAUCUUUACGACGAAGUCGAGGACGACUAUGGACAAGUAGACGAAGAAUUCGUUGAGGACGAUGACAAUGCAGGAUACAUUGACAAUGGCAUGGACGAUCAACAUUUCUCUGAUGAAUAUGAACAUGAAGCAGAUCAAGGUACGCAAAAGAAAGAGCAAGAAAGAAAAAUCAAAAAAGAAAAAGAAGCUCUUUUAGCCAAACCAAAUCAACAAAUCAACCGCUUCUUUAAUAAUUCUACCAUGAAAUCGAGUUUUAAGCCAAAACCUGCUCCUCCUGUGGACGAAAAGGAAACAGAAGAUUUUAUGGCCGACUUGUUGUCAGGUUUUAGUUCGAGUAAAAAGCCAACACCUAAAAGCACCAUAGCUACCACGAAGCCAAAGACCAUGGGCACACCUUCUUUUAGUUCUCGUUCUCGACUGAAUGCCAGCACAGACCAUUUUAUUUCAGUCAAAAAAGAAGAAAAAGAACCAGAGAGUGAACUACUUGCUUCUCCUCCAACAACAGCCAUGGAUUCCGAUGACGAUUUUGAUUUUGGAGAUGAUUUGGGUGACGAUAUCAUGAUGUUAGAUCAAAAGCAAGAAAUCAAACAAGAAGUUGACACCUUGACCAUUCAAGAACCUCUGAAGCCUAACUUUACAACCACCAACAAAGACAGUGUGCGUCCUGACCUUCAAAGUUGGCAAACUACCGAGGCCAGCAUGAUAGAAACAUUCACACAAGACACAGUCAAGGAAGAGACGCAGAAAAUGAAUGUGUUUGAAGAUAAUGGCCAUUUACAUAUGUGGUGGUACGAUGCUUAUGAACGUAAAGAAAAGGGCUAUGUAUACUUGUUUGGUAAAGUCUUGAAUAAGGGCACGAACAAAUACGUGAGUUGUUGUGUGGUCGUCAAGAACAUUGAGCGCAACUUAUUCUUUUUGCCUCGUCAACAUGCCUUGGACGAAAACGGUCAAGAGACAACACAGCCUGUAGACAUGGCUGCUUUGUAUGCUGAAGUCUCUGAGCUUUGUUCCAAGAAACGGAUCACUAAAUUUGCAUCGAAACAAGUGACAAGGAAAUACGCUUUUGAAUUGCAAGAUGUACCUGCCGAAUCUGAGUACUUGAAAGUACUCUAUGAUUAUGAACAGCCUGCAUUUACAGGAGAAGAAAAGGGCAAGACAUUCAGUCGAGUCUUUGGUGCCAAUACAGGUCCCCUUGAACACUUUUUAGUCAAGCGUGAUGUGAUGGGACCUUGUUGGUUAGAUUUUGCAGAUGCCAAGAUCAGUUCGACAAGUGAAACUUGGUGUAAAAUUGAAAUAACUGUAGAUGAUCCCAAGACAGUCAACCCACUUCAAGAUGAAGAUGGCAACAGACCUCUGCAUGUACCUCCUCUUGUUGUCAUGUCCUUGAGUCUUCGAACCAUCUUGAACGAGAAGAAGAACAUGAACGAAAUCAUAGCCGCCAGUGCUUUUGUAUGUGAUCAAGUACAGAUUGAUGAUAGUCAACCUAUAGAAAAGCAGUCCAAGUCACGAUUUACUGUUGUGAGACAAUUGGCUAACAAGCCUUAUCCUGCUAAUUUCAUGGAAGCAGUAGCCAAAGAAAGAAAACAGAAUGGAUUCAGCAUUCAAGUGGAAAGAACAGAGACUUCUUUACUCAACUAUUUGAUUGCGAGAAUUCAUAUGUGUGAUCCUGAUGUGAUUGUGGGCCAUAACUUUGCUGGUUUUGAUCUAGAUGUUCUUUUACAUCGUAUGAAGGCUUUGAACAUUCAACACUGGCAUCGGCUCGGUAGACUCAAGCGUAAACACUGGCCUAAAUUACAAGCAGGUGCAGGUGGUGCAGGUGAAUCUACUUACCAAGAACGUCUUAUUAUGAGUGGUCGUCUUGUCUGUGACACUUACUUGGCUUCUAAAGACUUGAUCCGAAGCAAAUCAUACCGUAUGACAGACUUGGCUCAAUCUCAACUCAAGAUUCAUCGUGAAGAUAUUGAGUUUGGUAAAUCAGCAGACUACUUUGACAAGACAGACUCGCUGAUUCAUUUACUGAAGCAUUGUUCAUUUGACGCCUUUUUGGCUACUGCAUUGAUGUUUAAACUUCAAAUCUUGCCCUUGACCCAUCAAUUGACCAAUUUGGCUGGUAAUUUAUGGGCCAGAACAUUGACAGGUGCUCGCGCUGAACGUAAUGAGUUCUUGUUGCUUCAUGAGUUCCAUAAGGCCAAAUAUAUCUGUCCUGAAAAGACCUUUGGUCCCAAGACAAUGGCGGCUACGGUUGUGAUGCAAGCUGCUGAACAAGACGAUGAUGAAGAUGCUGUGGCUAUGGCCUCAAGUACCAAAAAGAAAACAGGGGGUCGUCGUAAGCCUGCUUAUUCUGGUGGUCUUGUGCUGGAGCCCAAGAAAGGGUUUUAUGAUAAAUAUGUCUUGUUGCUUGAUUUCAACAGUUUGUAUCCUUCCAUCAUUCAAGAAUACAAUGUCUGCUUCACCACUGUCAAUCGAAACUCGUUUGUAGAAGGCACAGAGGAUAAUGGUGAAGAAAAAGUACCUGAACUACCUGACGACUCAUUGGCUCAAGGUAUUUUGCCCCGUCUGAUCAAGACGUUGGUAGAUCGCCGUAGACAAGUCAAGUCUUUAAUGAAAGGCAACAUUACUGAAUCAAAUUAUGAACAGUUGGAUAUUCGUCAAAAAGCACUCAAGUUAACAGCCAACAGUAUGUAUGGUUGUCUUGGUUUUACUUAUUCUCGGUUCUAUGCUAAACCCUUGGCUAUGUUGAUCACACACAAGGGUCGUGAAAUUCUUCAGAGUACAGUGAACCUUGCAGGCACAUUGGAUAUGAAUGUUAUUUAUGGUGAUACUGAUUCCAUCAUGGUCUACACAAAUCAACAAGAUCUUGCUGAAGUCAAGAAAAUGGGCCAGUUGCUUAGACGCAAUGUCAACAAUCACUACAAAUUGCUUGAGAUUGGUAUUGAUGGCUAUUUCAAACAUAUGCUCUUGCUCAAAAAGAAGAAAUAUGCUGCUCUUUUGGUAGAAGAGAAACCGAAUGGUGAAUUGGUAGAGUCUGUUGAAACAAAAGGUCUUGAUUUAGUCCGUAGAGAUUGGUGUGAUUUAUCGCAUGAUGUUUCUUCUCAUGUGUUGAAUUUGAUCUUGUCUGACAGAGACCGUGAAGAUGUGGUAGCUGAAGUCCAUGCUUACUUGGAAGUCGUUGCUGAACAGAUUCGUCAGGGUGAUAUUCCUCUUGAAAAGUAUGUGAUCAACAAGCAAUUGACCAAACGCCCUCAAGACUAUUCUGAUGCCAAGAGUCAGCCUCAUGUCCAAGUGGCUUUGCGCAUGAUUCAAGCAGGCCAAAAUGUCAAAAGUGGUGAUACAGUACCUUAUGUGAUCUGUAAAGUCGACGAUGAGACAAAUGGUGACAAGAAGGGUUCUGCCAUGAGAGCUUAUCACCCAGACAUGGUCGUCAAGCACCAUAUGCAACUGGAUAUUGAGUGGUAUCUUCAUCAACAAGUCCAUCCUCCUCUUGCCCGUCUUUGUUCUCCUAUUGAUGGUACAGAUGCUGCUCUUUUGGCUCAGUGUCUGGGUUUAGAUCCUCAACGGUUCAAUAUAAUGCGUACAUAUCAAGGAGAAGCCAACGAUGCCGAAUUUGCCACAUUGGAUUCUCAGAUUAGUGAUGAGGAACGCUUCAAAUCUGUUGAGCAGCUCAAGUUGAGCUGUAAUUCAUGUGGCCAAAAGGACAUUGUGUUUGAAGGUAUUGCUCGACCCAUGCCAGAUGGUUCGUUUGAAUGUGGAUUUAACUGUACAAACUGUCAUUUGACUAUCCAUAUCAACAGUAUCAAGGUACAAUUGACACUUGCUGUUCGUAGCUAUAUACAACGCUAUUAUCAAGGAUGGUAUGUGUGUGAUGAUGUGACAUGUCAUCAUCGUACGCGUAUGUUGUCUGCGUUUGGUCGUCGUUGUGUGAUGGAAGACUGUCGAGGUUUAAUGAAACGAGAGUACCCUGACAAGGCAUUGUAUACCCAACUUUUGUAUUUGUCUAGCUUGUUUCAUCCUAUGAAAGCAAGAGACAAGCAUGAUUCUGUACAAGUGACAUCUUUAGUCAAUCAGCAUUUUAAAGCACUUGAAUCAGUACAAACCAUUGUUGAGCACUAUUUAGACCGUUCAAGUUAUCGUCAUGUAGAUCUUUCCAAACUGUUGUCCCAAAUUACCAUUUAGAUACAUAUACAUAUAUAUAUAUAUAUAU